AUGGCUUGGCGCAGGCCCUUUGGGGACCGGGCCGCGACGUCUGGCACCGUUGCCGAGGGCCAGGUCGAACAGAUCUCCAAUGGAAGCGUUCAGUACAUCGGCGAAAAGGGCGGUAAUGAUGCACAUCCGACAUACCAAGACGCCUCCGGCGCGCCCGUUGAGAACAACUCACCUCUGGGAUAUUCCGUCGGGCCGGUUACGAUCACGUUGUUGAACAUCACGAUGAUGAUCGGUGCUGGUAUCUACUCAACACCUGCUUCGAUUCUCGCGGGCACUGGUUCCGUUGGUGUCAGUUUUGUCUAUUGGACUCUUGCUAUGCAUGGCAUCUGGAGCCGUCUACCUCGAGUCACCGCAUACUUCCCCAGUCGAUCCGGGUCCGAAGUCGUCUUCCUCGAACAAGCCUACCCCCGUCCCAUGUGGCUUUUCCCAACCACAUUCGCAGUUCAGAGUGUUAUCCUAUCCUUCGGAAGUGCAAACGCCACGGUCAUGGCAAACUACCUGAUUGCCAUAUCCGGCCAUGAGGGCACAGAUUGGCAAAUCAAGGGGACCGCCUUAGCCUGCUACACCCUAGCCACACUGACACUUGUGUUCAACACCAAGUACGCUUAUUGGUUUUCCAACGGCGUGGGGAUCGUGAAGAUUUGCACUUUGCUUUUCGUCAUCAUCACUGGUUUCGUCGUUCGAGGCGGACACACAAAGGUUCAAGACCCCACGGCAAACUUCAAAGAUGCCUGGUCUGGUAGCUCUUCGGCUACUGCCUACGGCAUGACUACUGCACUUUACCGCAUCAUCUUCUCAUACGGAGGUUAUAACAACGCAUUCAAUGUUGCUAAUGAAGUGAAGAAUCCCGUCAGAUCUCUUAAGAUCUACGCUACCACAGCUUUGACCACGGUCUACGUUCUUUACAUGUUCGCCAACGUUGCUUUCUUCGCUGCUGUACCAAGAGAAGAUCUUGAGAACUCCGGCUUGACAGUCGCAAGCCUGUUCUUCACGGCAGUCUUCGGGAACUCUGGGGCUGUGCGUGGUCUGAACUUUCUUAUUGCACUGGCCUCUUUCGGAAAUAUGAUCGCGGUUAUUAUUGGCCUUUCUCGCCGCAUCAGAGAGUGCGGUCGCCAAGGCGUACUGCCUUGGACAAGAUUCUGGGUAUCUACGAAGCCUUUUGGAACGCCAUUGGGACCUUAUGCCGUGAUUUGGUUUCUGACUGCACUAAUGAUUCUUGCGGUCCCGGCUGGAGACGCUUUCACUUUUGUCAACGAUCUCGGAGUCUUUCCCCAGGCCGCCUUUAACUUGGCAAUGGCUGUGGGUAUCUAUGUCGUCCGCUGGCGGCGGAGUAAGCUGAGCCUCCCCGGGCCCGAGUUCAAAGCGUGGCACGUGGUGAUCAUCUUCAACAUCUGCAUCCAGCUUUACCUUCUGAUCAUGCCAUGGUACCCGCCAGCAGGCGGACAAUACGCUGGUGACGUCAGCUUCUGGUAUGCGACGUACGCGGUGACCGGUGUGGGAAUUCUUCUCGCCUGUGCAGCUUACUACUGGUUUUGGGCAUUCCUCACCCCAAAAUGGAAGGGCUACAAGUUGCGCCAUGAACUCAUUAGUUUUGAGGACGGUGCUCAGAGUAACCAGCUUCAGAAGGUCCCCUACGCCGACGUUGCCGAAUGGGAUGCUACUCACGACGCGGCUGGGCGCAUCAUCAACAACACCACCGUUACCGAAGCUCCGGUCCAAGAGAAGGCUGUGCGCACUUCAUCUGAGGGCAGCAACUCUGAUGCCGGUAACUCAGUUUCUGUGAGUAAUCGGAAAAACGGCGGUGUCUAG